AUGCUCGCUUCACCAUCUUAUGGUGGAGAGGAAGUUAAGCAGGAGUUUAUCGAGGGUGUUUACAACUUUGCUGCCAAUGGGCACGAGGAUCCCAAGGCUGCCGUCGUGCCUGUCAUCACUUAUGUCAGCGGCACUGACGGGCCAACGUAUUCGGCGACAUUGUUCUACAACGGAAACUCCACCUCGCCGACGAUUCUGGGAGAUUUCCUCGGCAAUAUCCUGACUCCGGACAAUAGCUCGAAGUCGCUCUUGUCAUUUCCGAUGGGGAAGUAUCACCAGGCAGUGUUGCCAGCCUUUCAAAAAGGCGGUCGCUCCUAUGGAUCAAGACAACGAUUCCACUUGCUCCCAAUCUACGCCAACAAAGAAGCCAUGCUGAUUGCUCACGACAUGUAUUUUGAGCUUGCAAAGUCGACAUUCAGCAACACCGAAGGAGGAAUCAUCGGCCUUGCUUUCAACCCCAUCACUUCGGCACUUCUCGCGGCAACCAAUGCCCGGCCAGGUGCAAUCCAAGGAAUUGACGAGUCGCCUUCAUGCUGGAUCGAACAAACCUAUAGCUGGACAAACGAAGCUGAUGACGAAGUGGUCGACAAAUUCAUCAGCGAGUUCAACACCAAAGUCAGGGAGCGCUUGGAGCCAAUGGGUGUGCUGUAUCCGUUUUACUACUUGAACGAAGCAGACAUCGGCCAGCCCGUGUUUGAAAACUACCCAGAUGGCAACCUUGAUCGUCUGAAGGAGAUCAGGGCCAAGUACGACCCUGGUAGGGUCUUCACUGACCUCAUGCCUGGUGGCUUUAAGGUUGCGGCAGCUUAA